CAAUUAGUCAAAGCAGUUUCAUUGGUUUACUGUCAGAUUAGUGUUACAGUUGUAAUAUUACAUGUUAUUAUAUAUGGGUCAUGAACAACUUAGUUCAUUGCCAUAAUGGUUCAUUUUGAAAUAAAUACCAUAAUAACAAAAAUCAUCAUCUUAGAUCUAGUAACCAGAUUAAAACUAAAUCAAGAAAAAAUGUUGUUGGAUCAACAAAUCCCAGAUGAUUCCUAAACUAGUCCUUGUAGGAGCAGCCCACCUCAUCUGAGAUCUCUUAGAGAAGUCAUCUUGUUAGAUUUGUAAUAUGAUAGUCAACCUCAAGAAGCACAUUUACAGAAAACCCAUAUGCUUCUCCAUAAAAUAAAAAGUUCAAGUACAUCAGAAUUACAGGAAAACAUCUAGCCUGAGAGUUUCUAGCCAGGGUUAGAGUCCCAGCUGACCCUGGCCAACCUGGAUGCUACUUCAUAUUAUUGUUUUGUUUGUUUUUCUUUUGAUAGAAGAUAUUGUCUAUAUUCAUGGUUUGUUAAAAUUAGAUUUGUUCCUAUUACAGAUAUCUUCUGCUCUGAGUUUGAUUCAGAUACUCCAAGUACCCCUGACUGACUGUUCAUUCAUUUGCCAUUUUAUAUCUCACGUUAUCGCUCUAUAAAUCUAUACUCUAUAUCUCUAAGUCUAUACUUAACACACUGUACUGAUUGGCUGAAGCCUCAGGAACCCUGUAUCUCAAGUGAUAUCUAACUGGUUGGACCAAGAAGGUUGGAAGCAAGUUUCUGUCCCAUGUAAAAGAGUCCAAAUAUUUGAACUCUUUUACAUGGGCAGACUCAUAUUUACAUAUCCCACUGGCCUGAAAAUGCCCCACACUACCCCAGAAGGAGCUGGAGGCCAUGGCUGGUGACAAGGAAAUCUGAAACUGCUUCGACAAGCCCUGUGUCCCACAAGAUGUCCCACAGCAGCUGAACGAAGCAGGAAACACAUGGUCAGAAUUAUCACUAAACCUUGAGGCAGUGACUGAAUCCUGAGAGAUGAGUUUCUACAGUGAUGCGUCUACCGAAGACAUGACUGACGAGUUAGAGACUUUGUGGUGGUACCACUAUGACCUGUCCCGCCAUGCUGCAGAGGCCCUUCUCUUGUCCAAUGGGACUGAUGGAAGUUAUCUCCUGAGAAACAGUAAUGAGGGACCAGCUUGCUUCGCCCUGUCUGUCAGGGCGAAGGAUUCUGUCAAGCAUUUUCAUGUGACACGCAAAGACAAUGGCUAUGUGUUUGGAUUUAACGAGUUUGCAACCCUUCAAGACUUUGUCAACCACUUUGCUAACCAGCCUCUGCUGGGCAGUGACACAGGUAGUCAGACCUGUAACCUCCCCUCUGCCUCUGAACCAGGAACCCUCAUAGUGCUGAAGCGUCCAUACCCGUGGCGUGUGGAGGAGCCGUCCAUCUACGAGUCUGUGCGAGUUCACACAGCCAUACAGACGGGCCGCACAGAAAAUGAUCUGGUGCCAAAUGCACCAUCGCUGGGUACAAAGGAAGGCUAUCUGGUGAAACAAGGAGCAAUUGUAAAGAACUGGAAACAGAGGUGGUUCACACUCAACAGAUAUGAACUCAAAUACUUCAAAGACAAAAUGUGUGAGGAGCCCAUUCGAACCCUGGAUUUGAGAGCCUGCUCUGCAGUCCAGUUUGACUACUCUCAGGACAGAGUCAACUGUUUCUGCCUGGUGUUUCCUGAGAGAACAUUUUAUCUUUGUGCAAAGACUGGUGUGGAGGCAGACGAGUGGAUCAAGAUCCUGAGGUGGAAACUGUCACAGAUAAGAAAAGGUCGAUGAACGUUGUUAAUGGAGACACUGGAGAUGGAAGAAGCCUCACCUUCAUAGAGGACUUCUCAUUAGCUGGAUGAACAAUGAAGAACACCACCAUUCAAAACUUAAGAGUAAACUCAAGUGUGAAUAACACUGUGACACAUUUCCACGAGUGUAAAGACUGGAGGCUAACAACUUGGAUGUGACUCCACUUUGCUUUAUGAGAUAUUUAGUACAAAGAUGCUUAAUUUCUCAUGAGUUUUCUGUUGGCAGUCUUACUUUGCUGCUUUUCUUUUCCCAGAGGAUGUUUAGUAGUAUGUUUAACAUGAUCAUUUACUUUAACAAUUAUUUAAAGGAUAAUGUUAGCAUUAUUCUAUAACACCAAAACCAACAAUGUGUUAGUCCAUCUCUCAAUACUUUCUGACUUCCCUACCCUAUUUGUGGCUCUUAGCUCCGAGCCCAUUGGUUCUCACUGGUGAGGAAAAUCUUUAAAAGUGGCUCACUGCAAAGCAUUUGGUUCUCUCCUGUGUCAGAAAAGCCAAUUUUGUUUUAAUACUGUAAAUCUGGUUUAUUAAUUAUAUAUAUAUAUAUAUAUAUAUAUAUAUAUAUAUAUGAAUGAAUAUGUAUAUGAAUGAAUCAUUUAUUUGAAAAUUCAGUGUGAGUUGAUAAGAUUCAGUGAAUUUACCUUACAUAUUACAAUAAAACAGGUAAUUACAAUAUAGCAUUACCAGGAGCAUCAAUAACUAUGAUCUAGUCAGCCAGUUGUGCAGUUACCUGUGUUCAUGCAUAUGAUGUUGUCAUACUGUAUGCCAUAUGUCCUACAGGAGAACCAGUCACCUCAGCUGUGGGUACUGAGUACUGCAUGAGAACUUACUGAAGACUGAUGUAUGUAGUCAAGUAUAGAAAAUUAUUAAUUAAACCAACCAACUUAAGGAUUCUAAUCACUCCUCUAAAACUGCCAAUUAUACAUGCUACACUGACAUUUCAAACCCUCCAACAAAGAUUGGAUUGUAAUUGUCAAUUAAAUAAACUAUGGAGAAAUUUACAUUUA